AUGGCGCUCUUUGCCGUGCAAUUUCUUUUCGCGGUUGGAUUGGCCCAAGAAUGCGGAGUAGAACAUUAUGAUUGCCGACCAAACACGCCAACUGAUGAGUGGGACUGUAUGAAAUCGAACUGUUGUUGGGUCCCUAGUGAUGAGAAAGGAGCUCCUUGGUGUACCUACACGACAGGGACAGAUUAUACUGUCGUUCAACACGGGCUGAUCAAUCCGAAUAGUGGCUUUGCCAAACUCACUCGCAUAGAGCACCCAACCUGGCCUGACACCCUGCUCAACCUCUUCUACCAAAUCGACCGGCAAACCUUUUCCGAAAACUCUUUCGUCGAUCGAAUCCAAAUCACUGAUGGUUCUGACUCCCGACAUCGCCAUCCCGAAACACCUGUUUUCACUCCCAAUUCGACUUUUGUUCCGAGUGUCAAUGAUGGCGACAAACUUGGAAAAGACUACUUCACUGGCCCUCUGGUUUUCUCUGAUCAAUUCAUCGAGUUUUCUAUCCCUCUUGAUCCCGAAACGCCUGUCUACGGAAUUGGGGAAAGAAGAGGACCCCUGGUCGUACCGCGUGACGGGUGGGCCCAUUCGAUUUGGACAAGGGAUGUGCCUCCAAUCGUUGAUCUUAAUUUGUAUGGAGAUCAGCCGGUUUUUCUCAUUGGAAAUACAGGCUACAUCUUCUGGAAUUCUAAUGGCAAGCAGUUUCAGGCUUUCAAGGACAGAAUGACGAUCAGAGCAAUCGGAGGAAUGAUCGACCUUUUUGUCAUCCGCGGAAAUUCGACCGAAAACGCCGUUUCUAUCAUCCAAGAGAUCAUCGGCGCAACCUACUCCCCUCCCGAGUGGGCUUUUGGUUACCACCUCUGUCGCUGGGGCUACAAUUCUUCCGCUGAAACCUGGAACGUCAAUCAGAAAAUGCGUGAAGCAAAGAUGCCGCAGGAAGUGCAAUGGAACGAUAUUGAUUACAUGGAUGGAAAGAAGGACUUUACUUUUGAUCCUGAUGCUUAUGGAACGUUGCCGCAAGUGAUAAAAGAUAUACAUGCUCAAGGACAGAAAUAUGUCGUAAUUAUUGAUCCAGCGAUAUCUACUCAAGACAACUACCUGCCCUACUCAAAUGGAAUCGAAGAAGACAUCUUCAUCAAGGACGAAACCGGCAAACCUGCCGUUGGAGAAGUCUGGCCCGGCGCAACCGUUUUCCCCGACUUCACUCACCCUGGCAUAAACAACUACUGGCUCGAAAUGUUCUCUUACUUGUACACUCAAGGAGUCGAGUUCGACGGAAUAUGGAUCGACAUGAACGAACCAUCAAACUUCGUCGCUGGAAGUUCCAACGGCUGCCCAAGCAGUCCUCUCAAUUCGCCCAAAUUUGAACUUCCAGUUGUGGACAAAAGCUUGUUCGCGAAAACUCUUUGCCCAAGUUACAAUCAGAGCGCUGGCACCCACUACGAUCUUCACAAUCUUUACGGGCUUGACGAGUCGAAAGCAACCAGUUAUGCAUUGAAGGCGCUUAAUCCUGAUUUGAAGCCGUUUAUUUUGUCGAGAAGUACUGCUCUGACGUCAGGAAGACAUACAGCGCAUUGGACUGGAGACAAUUUCUCGAAAUGGGAAGAUUUGAAAUAUUCGAUCACUGCGAUGAUCAAUCUUAACAUUUUCGGCAUCAAAAUGGCAGGUGUCGACGUCUGCGGCUUCCAAGGACCUGAUGCGGACGAAGAAAUGUGCGUCCGUUGGCAUCAAAUGGGAGUCUUUCUCUACAGCUUCUUCCGAAACCACAAUACCAUCGGCGCUCCUGGACAAGAACCAUUCGUUUGGAGCAAAAAUGGCCAGCACGCGAUAAGAAUAGCGCUGGAGAAACGCGUCCAGCUGGUUCCUUACUUUACUUCAACUUUUGCGAACGAGUCAAUGUACAUCCGACCGAUUUGGAAUUCCACAAUCGACACUCAAUUCUGGGUCGGUGAGCAAAUCAUGGUCUGUCCCGUUCUUGGACCAGGGAUGAAAAAUGUCGAGUGCUAUUUUCCAAAGGCAGGCGAUUGGUGCAACGUUUACGAUACUUCUGUCUGCUUUACUGUCAAAUCUCCUGGAACUCUUCAAAUCCCGACAGACCCAAAUCGAAUUCCCGCUUUCUAUCCUCCCGAAACCGCCAUGAUUCUUCAGAAGAAAGCGAUGACUCUUUCUGAAGCUCGAAAACUGCCCCUCGAUCUUGUCUUGAAUCUGAAAAAUGGCUUCGCAAAUGGAGAAUUUAUUUUUGAUGAUGGAGAAACGGACAAUUCUGAGUUCGUCAAGAUCAAGCUGUUUGUCGAAAACGAUCAAUUAAAAAUCACCUGUGACGCCAGCGCCGAAUCAGAAAGAUUGGAGGCAAAAUUGAAGCGAAACUUUAACUUGGAGAAAAUUUCUGUAACUGGAAGCUACAGUUAUCAGCAGAAUAAGCUCAGAUUCCGCCCAGAUUCAUUUUUGCUCAACAAAAAUUUACUGCAACUGACCAAUUUCUGCGAAACCGAAUUCAAAAUGAAUCUAUAA